GCCAGCCCUACGCCGUCAAAUGCCUCACCAACACCUCCCACCAACGCGAACGUCGCAUCUACGACUCGCUCGUCGAUUUCGAUCACGCUAACGUACAGAGACAUUACUUCACCUUCCGGCGUGCAGGGCACACUUUCUCCGUCAUGGACUUCUGCGAGCCUGACAACAGUCUCGCGGCGUCGAUUGCGGACGAUAUGUUUUAUGGGAACGAUGAGAUAUUGAAGGGCGUGUUUGUGCAGGUCCUCGAUGCGGUGGAGGCGUGUCAGAGGAGGGGGGUGUAUCAUAGGGAUCUGAGCCCGCAGAAUGUGUUUUUGGAGGAGGAUGGGAGGAGGGUCGUGUUGGCUAAUUUCGGGCGCGCGUCGGAGAUGGAUAUGUCUGUGGACUGUUCGGGUGGGGAUGAAAGGUUUAUGAGUCCAGAAAUGCUGGCGGCGAAUGGCACGGAAGAAUAUUCCAGCGGUCUCAGCGACAUCUGGUCACUCGGUGUUCUCCUCUUCGCUAUGCUAACGGGCCAAGAGCCUUGGUCCAGUGCAUCUACCAGUGAUGAAGAAGACAUGGACGAGAACCUCUCAGGAUUUCUGUCCGACCCGACUUUCUUCAUGCAGAACUUCUUGCUUUCGAUCGAAGCAAACCGCUUGCUUCGUCGUAUCCUGGUCAUCGAUCCCAAUAGCCGUAUGUCCCUGGCGGGCAUACGUAGGGAGAUCACAAAAACGAAUACAUUCUUCCUCAGCGAGGACGAGAUGAUUUGCCCCCGCGCUGGUCGCCGCCAUUGGCUUCACACCGGACUCUUUUCUUCUCCAUCCUCACCCACCCUGUCGUCUUCAGACCCAGACGACCAAUAUAUUUACAGCCCUCCCAGUAUCGAAUUCGAUCCGGUCGUCGGCUUCUCCCCUAGACCUAGAAGCUCGCUGUCUUCGAGUUCGCUACCCUAUGUCACCACCACCGAAGCUUCUCCCGUCGAACCAUCAUCCUCAGGUCUCCCCGUCACCGUGCCCUCCUCCCUCGACGAAGACCCACUAGUCUACGCCUACAAAAUCUUCGCUAGCCCCGCUCCUGCCUCCACAGCCACAUUCCCAACCACGCCCACCCGUCCUCCAUUGCGCCACUUUGCGGCAAAUUCAGAGUCGGGUGGUCCAGAAAACGACGACGAUAACAACGAGAACAAAGGGAAUGGGUUGCUUACGGCGGAACCAUAUCGUACUGGGAGAAGAUACUCGCCCUCUUCGAGAUCAGGGUCGUCUUCUGACCGGUCUGGCUCGUCGUCGCCGAGCUCGAGCGAGGGGUGUAUCACGCCUGAGGAUGAGCUUACGGAGUACGCCGUGCAUACCUAUGCUAGGGCUAGAUCACCUUCAACAGAUAACGAAGAAGAAGAAGAAGAUGACGACGACGACGCUGAGCUUGAGUGGGGUAGGAACGAAGAGCUCGAGGUUGAGGUCGAGGAGGUUGCUGAUGCGAAUUUGCCAGUAGUCCGACUAGAGGCGAUCAAAAGAUGUGGUGGAAAUGCCGCGCUAGAUGUCGAGGAAAAGGAUUUAUUCGCGCUUCCAGUGGCUCCAAAGUCUUCGCCCAGGAUGCCUAGUCAUGGCGGGAAGUGGCCCGGGGGCUGCGAGCGUCAUCACGAUGGGGCCGUCCCGGGAGGUAUGCUGGGUGUGACGCCGGAGAUGGCGACGUCGCAUGUGUUGCAUUAUGCGGUGCAGAUGCUGCAUGUGUUUCCGCCUGAGCCUGCGAGGAGGUGGAUGUGAGAGUGAAGGGGGGCGUGUAGGAAGAUGGAGUUCUU